GUACCACCGACGCUGGCGGCGUCCCUGCUGCUGCUGCUGCUGCUUCUGCCGGUGGUGCUGCCGCCGCCGCCGCGACAGCGGCGGCGGCCGUCAGCGCGCAGCUUGCCGCGCCGCCGCCAGCUCCCUCGACUGCGCCAGCGCUGAUGACGCUGGGUGCUGACUGGGUCAUCAGGAUCUACGUUGAGGUGGUGAUGCGCAACAUGCUGCCGCCGGAACUAGCGGCCUCGGCGGCGGGACUGUCCAUGAGCCAGUUCUGCUUGACGCUGGUUAUUGAGCCGCCCAGCCUGAACCUGCUGCCGUCUUCGCGGCCCGGCAUGCGGGCUUGCUGGGCGAAACCGUUGGGGAGCAGCAGCGGCGGGGGCGAAGGGACGGCGGCGGUGACGACGGCGUUGUACGACAGCGCCAGCGGAGGAUCAGGGGCGGCAGCAGGAGGAGGAGCGGCUGCUGGCGUGGGGCCCCCGGAGGGGCAGGACGCUGGCCGGGAGGAUGGCGGCGAUGGCAGCGGGGAUGGUGGCAGUCGGCUGCAGUGGAUAGUGGCGAGCGUGUGCCUGGCAGCACACGAGGACGCGGAUGCGGCUGAGCUGGGAGCAGCUGCCGGGGUCCCCAUGGACGAGGCGGUGUGCGUGUGGGCGGUGGACGGGCUGUCCUCCGUGGUGCUGUCCGGCAUGCCACGGGGCUCCGUGUCCUCCGCCAAGACAGCAGCCUCACCCAAGGCUGUGCUGUGGGGCAUUCAGCAGCGCAGCGUCUCCUGGUUGCAGCCAGGCAAGCUGCUGCCGGCCUCGCCAACCGCGCUGCGACCCGGCGACUUUGCGAUCGCGGCGUACGUGAGCUACCCGGGCGGCAUGCCGCUGCUGGCCGCUGGGGACAGCUGCGUGGGCAUGCAGGGAGCCUAUGCCGAGGUUAGGAGCUAUCAGAUCUCCCCAACCGCGGCCGCCACCCCGGCCGGCUCCUCCCAAACAGCAACCUACCUGCGCAUUGCCUCGCUUGCCCGGCAAAUCAUCACGGGCAACCCCGAAACCAUUUCCAGCAUGCUCGUACAUCCCGCUGCUGACGUGGCGCUGCUCCGGGACCGCACCGGCGGCGUCGCCUUGUG